CCGCCCUUCUCUCGCCUUUUUUUCUCUUCCUUUUUUUCCUUCUUGCUUUCGGGAACAUUUACCGGCAACCCCCCGUCACAAAUCAUCUGGGCUCUCCCUGGUCGAAACACUCCUUUGUGCGCUUGAAUUUUCUGUUGAGAGUUAGCCAAACACUCAAACGAUCGUUCAGGGACGGGGUUCGUUGCCGCUUGUGGACAAAGGGAUCUCUAACGACAACCACGUUACCAGCUUCAGAUUGUCUGGGCACCUUGCCAGCCGGAGCCAUCAAAACACCGGCCUCGCCCACCUUUUGAGGGGGGCGUUGGUACCUGAAUAAAAGCUCCGGAUCGAAAGAAUAUUCUCCGGCGGUUAAUAUUAAUUUUUUUCAACAUGGUGAACAAGGAUGGAGUUCCGGAUCUGACAGACCCGUGGGCUGUCUCUGAGAUCGUAUAUUGUUCGAUCAUGGGUGGGGUUAUGUUGGCAGCUCUGCUGGAAUGGUUCUUAUGGCUGGCUGCUUUCUUGUACUGUCUGGUCAAGGUGUUCCAGAAGGCCGAUGCAUGGCACAUUCGGGCUCUCGCCAUUGUCAUGAUGGUCCUUUUCACUGCUUUUCGUUGCAUCUUCUUGCCCGUAAUGGUCGUUACACUCCCGCUUCCCCCUAGAAUCACUGUUCUCUUCCCUAUUGCCAUGGUCAACUUCUUGCAAUGGUUUGCGUUCUAUUCAUUCGCAGCCCUCUUGACAAUUCCAUGGCUCUUCUGCGUGUACCAGCUUGUCACAAACAGUCUUGGUAGACAUCGCCGUAUCAAGUCGGUAUUGGACGAAUCAUCUGCGCCGAAGGUCGUCAUUGUUAUGCCGGUUUAUAAGGAGAUCCCCGAGGUCUUGCUGACUGCUAUUGAUUCGAUUGUCGAUGGAGACUAUCCUCCAUCGUGCCUGCAUAUUUUCUUGUCAUUCGACGGAGACGAGGAGGAUGAGUUGUAUCUUAAGACCAUUGAGAGCUUGGGUGUUCCUCUCUCGCUCGACAGCUAUCCCCACAGCUUGGAUGUCACCUACCGUGGCACCCGUAUCACUGUUUCUCGCUUCCCUCAUGGUGGAAAGAGACACUGUCAGAAGAGGACCUUCAAGCUCAUUGACAAGAUCUAUACCGAAUACCUUAAGAGAAACGACAAUUUGUUCAUCCUUUUUAUCGACUCUGAUUGUAUUCUGGACAAGGUGUGCAUUCAGAACUUUGUGUAUGAAAUGGAGCUUAAACCUGGUAGUAAGCAGAACAUGUUGGCUAUGACAGGCGUCAUCACAUCAACCGCCAAGAAACAGUCCUUGAUUACUCUACUACAAGAUAUCGAAUAUAUUCACGGUCAACUCUUUGAGCGGUCGGUGGAGUCAGCGUGUGGUUCUGUUACGUGUCUUCCUGGCGCGCUUACUAUAUUGCGGUUUUCUGCCUUCCGUAAGAUGGCCAAAUAUUACUUCGCGGAUAAAGCUGAGCAGUGUGACGACUUGUUUGAUUACGGAAAAUGUCACUUGGGCGAGGAUAGAUGGCUCACCCAUCUUUUCAUGAUUGGGGCCAAGGAGCGAUAUCAGAUCCAGAUGUGCACCGGUGCUUUCUGCAAGACCGAGGCUGUCUUGUCCUACAGGAGUUUGCUCAAGCAGCGACGAAGAUGGUUCUUGGGGUUUAUCACCAACGAGGUUUGUAUGUUGACGGACAUUCGUCUUUGGAAGAGAUAUCCGAUUCUUUGCGUUGUUCGGUUCAUGCAAAACACCAUCCGUACUACCGCACUCCUGUUUUUUAUUAUGGUUCUCUCUCUCUUGACAACAACCCAGAAAGUCAGUCAACUUCCCGUUGGAUUCAUUGCCGUAUCCUUAGGAUUGAAUUGGGCUCUCAUGUUCUACUUUGGUAUCAAGCUUAAGCGUUUUAAAGCUUGGUUGUACCCCAUGAUGUUUAUCCUCAACCCUUUUUUCAAUUGGGUAUAUAUGGUCUAUGGAAUUUUCACCGCUGGUCAACGCACAUGGGGGGGCCCGCGCGCAGACGCUGGUACUGCCGAUGAUACCAAGACAGCGCAACAGGCGAUUGAAGAGGCCGAGGCUAGGGGCGACGAUCUCCAGGUUGUCCCGGAGACCUUCCGACCUGCCGCCGAGCUGCAAGCUGAGAACAACCAAAUCCGCCAGCGUGUUCCAGUUCACCCAGAUGUCAGAGUGGAAGGACAAUUUUCAGCUUCAGAGAGACUUCCUGGUGGAUACUACAACUAUAGUAACGACUCUAUGGGUACUCUUCCGGAUAUCGUUCCUCGCAAUCCCGGCGCUCCCCGGGUCCCACUCCACCCCCGUGCCUCAUUCGACAGUUUCGUCUCUGGGACAAGUACUACUGCUGGAAACUCGGUUUAUUUCCCAAGGAGAGUUGAGAGCAUUAUGGGUGAGGAGGAUCGCAGAAAGUAUCUCGUGGCGCAGUCAAAUCAACGUGAGGCUGGAGGUGCAUACAUGGUUGAGCCGAGGAAAGAAGCAUUUGAGUCUUCGGAGUCAGAUGUUUAUGGGUACAAAAACGCUGUGAAUGAGUCAAGUGAUUCCGUCGACUCCGUUGGAAGCGCCAGUAAUGGAUAUCACAACAGAAAUAGCAGCAACAACCAAUAUAAUUACAGUCAACCAGUGAGCGGGUCGACUUCACCAACCAACCCCAACGCUCCUAAUAAUGCGGUUCAGGACCAGGCUAGUCACUUGGCCAUCCCAGAACCUGCCCACCGUCCUCAAUCGAUCGGUGCCAAUGGCCGCGGUACGAGCGCUGCGCGAAGUCCGCUCGCGCGGCUAAGCUUGGUCAGGACGGCUGAUGGCGAAGGAGGUGAGCAGGGUGUAGAAAUGACUGCCACACCUGGCUCUCCCGCCGCUCCUCCUGCCGAUGCUGAUGAUGAUCGGGAAGGGCGGUCAAAAGAAAGGAAGAAGCUCACAAAGAAGCCAAAUCGUUCGUCCAAAUGAUCGGUCUGUGUUUUUUUUAGUUUGUUUUAACGGGUUUCACGGGUUUCCGCUUCCUCUUCGGUGUUUUUACGAUUGUACAAAAUAAUUGGUUUCACCUGAUAAAUACUGUUAGUAAUUGAUGUAAUUGGGGGGCAGAAAAUGUGGCUACAAGCUACAUUUUCUCGCAUCAGAAAAAGUUAUCGAUGCUUUUGGGACAUUUUUUCAUGAUUGCGAACUCUGUUUUAUUUGCGGGUUUUUUUUAUAUCAUAGUUUUAUUUUAUAGUUUUCCUUUUCCUUUUCCCUUUCCUUUUAGCUGGUUCUUGCUUUCAGUUUUCAUUCAUUUCCGGUCCAUCUCGUUUUGGUGUCUCAGUCUACUGUGAUAUACGAAAGAACAGUGACAUGUCAUCCUUAGCGUGGCACUUGGUUUGUUGCAUAUCUGCCUUUUCAUGCAUUUUUAACAUUUGUACUUUCCGACUGUCGUUAGCCUUUCCUUUCUCCAGUUCUUGCUCGUUCGUGGAUAGCAGAGAGGGCGUCCAACGGGUGUCGAGAACGAGUGGUCUUUUUUCUUCCCCCCCCUCACGUGCAAUUCUUUGCAGACAUCACUAUUUAUCCUUUUUGCUUACUUGCCUUCCUAUUUCCUUCCAAAAGUAUAUAGUCUAGGUUGAACCGGGGAAUUGGUUGUGGGGUGCUGGAUGGGAGUUUAUGGCACCAUUGUGGAAGAUAGGAUGCAUUUGAAAUGAAUGGUAGCAAAAGAUUUUUAUUUA